AUGGCCGUCCACGGACCUACCCAACAACCGGCGCCUACCAUAGAUCCAGCAGACAGCGACUAUGGCUCCGACCUCGACAACGACGCCUGGGACGCCAUCUUCUCCCAACCCCCCGAGUCACAACCCACCAUCAUCCCACAGCUAAAGAUCGAAGAAAGUGUCGUAGAAGAGCCGAUCCUCCCCGACGAUGCAGAACCGCAAACUCACAGCCUGCGUCUGGCGCGGAUCCGCGAGAACCUGGAGGCGGCGAUUCGCGACUUGGAUGGGGUGGCGGGGGAGUUGGAGCAGAAGCGGGAGCAGCACAAGGUGGAGAUUGAGUAUGAGCGCGAGGAGGAGUUUUUCGCAGCCGUUGAGGUGGAAGAAGUGAAGGCUACAUCUGUCGAGCCGGAGAGUGUAAUAGAUACUCGAUCACCGCUGGAGCGAUUUCGAACGAAGCCGAAGAAACCACUCUCCGUCACGGAUCUCGUCUCGCCGGCGUGGUGUGAGCUGCAGUACUGGUAUUCCCUGACGAAGUAUGGCCGAGUGCGAAGGACGCCUGCGAUGAAGCAGGGUUCGAAGAUCCACAAGGAGAAAGAGAUGGAGGUGCAUACAGAGGUGCCGGUGGAGAUUGCUACGAAAGAGGAUCGAUUGGGGCUGAGGCUGUGGAAUAUCAUACAGGGAUUGAGGACGUUGAGGACGACGGGGUUGACAAGGGAGUUGGAGGUUUUGGGGGUUGUGGAGGGGGAGGUUGUUGUUGGGAUUAUUGAUGAGGUGUCGUAUUAUUGUCCGGAUUAUGAGAUGGAGCAGUCGAUUCUUGAGGCGGCAGAGACCGCAAGGAAUGGAGGCAAGAAACAGCAGGCAUCACUCCCACCCGACCAACGCACCAUGAACGACUUCUUCCCAGGCGGAGGAAGCACCAGCCAAAACCUCUGGCUCGGCACCCUCCACCAACCCCCCAAAACCCUCUACCUCGUCGACAUCAAAACCCGCAACUCCAAAACCCUCCCCAAGUCCGGCAGCCAAAUGCGUCCGACCCAGAUGCAACUCAUGCUCUACCGCCGCCUCCUGCACGCCCUCGCGGCCAACGAAGUCGACGCCGAGAAAAUCUUCGAACGCUACGAUUUGGAGCCGCAGAAGCCGUUCAGCGAUGUCUUCAUCGCGGGCAUGGGGAGUAUAGACUUCUCUGCGAGUCAACACAGCGACGAGCCCAUGGCGUCCGACCCCGACCCUGUGGAGGAAAUCCUGAGCUACAACACGCUGAGUUCGCUCUGGGCGCACAUGAUCGCCGAAUUCGCCCGCACCAUCUCCGUCACGCCCCUCUCCUCCUCCAUUUCCCCCCUCCUCACGGCGGAAUUCCGUGCGGCGAGCGACGGCGCGGUGAUCGGACGGAGGAGUUUUGCGUUUGAGGAGGGCGUGAUUAAGGGGUAUGUGAAGGAUGAGAUGCGGUGGUGGAGGGGGGAGAGAGAGACGAAGGGCGUGGAUGUGGAGGAGGCGUUUAAGUGUGGGAUUUGUGAGUUUAGUGAGGGGUGUGAGUGGCGGGUGGGGAAGGUUGAGGAGGCGAGGGUUAGGGCGAGGGAGAGGGGGAUGGGGAUGAGGAGGGGGAGGGGGAAGAUUUGA